AUGGCCGACGCGCAGACAACCUCAGCGCACCAGUCAUCUCAAGUGGCUGUCGCCAUAGACGACGUUGCGAUCAUCCCAGACGCAGUUGACGACGACAGAACGAUUACAGACAUUGAUGACGAUGACGACCGGACCAUCACAGACAGCCACGUCGACGACGGUGCAGCAGUGUCAACCACAACGGAGAGAAGAGCAGCCUGGCCGGUCAAUGCAGGUAGUACCGCCACAAUGCCCAUUUUCAUCGAUGAUGUAGCAGAUGCUCUGCCGACGGUCACAAACAAACCACGCGUGCACGAACCCAAUGUCAACGUGAAAAAGGAAGACGACACCGUCAAGGAAGUAGAGCCACUCUCCGCGCCCAUCCUGCACGAUGGCCAAGUUGGCGGCGUAUUUUCGAUUCUACCGUUUCCCAAGCAAGAGGACAGCCGGGUCACAGCUGACAGCAGAGACAACACGGCAGCACACAACACGAAAGCCGUGGCAGUCGUGGCAGCGCAUCAUGCCCAACAACAUCAAGUGGAUCAGACAGGCGCGGCCCGCCCCAACAAACUGCCGCUUCAGGACCUGUUUGCCGGCGUCGACUUCGACAGCAUCGAUCUAUCGGCCAUCUACGAACACACCCUUGACCAGCCAGACAUGUUCUCCAUGGACCAGGGUGUCGAAAUACAGCCUUUGGAAGAUCCUCCCGCCGCAGAACACCAUUCUACAAUGUCUUCGUGUGAGGCCCAUUUUACAGCAUUGGGCGAUGACUGGCUAAACAAACUAGUCGUCACUGAUGCUCCAGACGACAGCAAGGAGACCCCCUCACCAGAACGGGCAGACAACAAUGCCACAGCGGCUCAAACAAACGCGCGCACAGACACAGGAACCGACGCUGGCCAGACGGAGGCUUUAGUCACCGAGGCGGGCGUGUUGGGCGACGAGGGAGCGAGCAAGCAGGCCGCCAAUGGCAACAUCUUGGAGGCAAGCGGCGUUGGUUUGGCCAUGGACGUUGGCAUGGGUAGUAGCACAAACCAUACAACCAGCGACAAGAUUACAGAUGCACGACGGAACACUCCAGUGGACAUGAACUCCGAAGCAAUGGUGGCAACCAAUGUAAUGGCUACGGUCGAUAUCGUGACUCCCGUGUCCACUACAAGUGGGAAGAUCAUGGACUCGAAUUCUGGGGAAACCGGCAUCGGGACUACGGAAGUGGCCAUGGCCAUGGACCCGAACAUACCACAGGAAGAAGCUUCGGAAGUCGACAAAGACAAUGCAAAUACCACAGGUCAUGAGAACAAACGAAGUCAUGUAGGUCCUUCGUCAUCUGCUCCAGCAGUUGCACCGGAAGAGGCGGUCGCAGCCCAACUGGCAGCUGCACUGCGCGCAGAGUCACUGCGCCAAGAGCCGGGAGAAGCAGCGCACACCGAUGCAGCCCGGGCCGAUGCACCCCAGGUGCCCGCUCAAUUGCCAGCCAUGGACAUUGACACGGCCGCCGAUACCAGCGCCGUUGCCAACACCGAUGUCAACGCCGAUGCCAACGACUCCAUCUUUGUCGACCGACAUCCAGAGGUCGACCAAGAGGACCUAGACCUCGAAAUUGACGACGUGGAAAACAGUUUCUCCGUCCAGGGACCCGGCUACGCAUGGAACGAUAUCGACGCCAUGACCGAAGGCCGCGGCAUCUGCGUCCUGGAGGAAGCCGUCACCAGUGCCACGGCCAUGUGCCACAAGGUGGUGGCCGCCCUGUCGUCGGGGUCGGCCGCCGACGCACGCAUCAACGCAGCAUACUGGAAACGCGAGUUUGCCCGAAUCUGUGAGGCGCAAGACACGUUCGCGGUGCAUGUUGGCGUGUCGGGUGGCACGGGCGCCGGCAAGACGACGCUCAUCAACGCCUUGCUGAACAUGGACGAGCUGCUGCCGUCGGGCAGCGACGGCGCCGCGACGGCCACGGUGUGCCGCGUGCAUAAGGCCAGAGCAACCGACAAAGAGACGGGCACAGAGGCGGACGUCGUCCCCUUCCGUGCAGUCGUCACGUUCAAGACCGAAGAGGGCAUGUGCAAGUGGCUGGAGCCGAUCCUGGCGGAUGUGACAGAUUACUACCAGUACAAGGACCGACAGGCACGGCGAGAAGCGGCCAACGCCGGCCGCGAACCAGACACCGACGACGACGAUGACGACGACUGCGAGUCCGGCGCCGACGACGGUUCAGAUGGCGAGUACAUCCCACCCAACGAAACAAAGGAGCAGCGCAAGAAGCGUCUGGAGGCAGAAAAGGAAACGGCAGACGAAAGAGAAGCGAGACGGAACGAAAAGGCCAAAGAAAAGGAAAUAAAACGGCGCGAGACAGACGUCGACAGCGUAACCGCCGAUUCUUUCGAUGAAGAGUUUGACGAACAGGGCCUCGUCGACAAACUCGUCUGUGUCGAGGCUGUUUUUGGCCUCGGCCUCGAACACCUGCACGGUUGGACUGUCAAGAAGCUGCUCAACAAGGACAAGUUCCCCAUCGUCAAGUGCGUCGGGCGCACCAAGACGGUCUUUGGCGAGGAGGCUGGGGCAUUCUCCAGGGCCGUGAAGCCUUACCUCGACAGCACACCCAUUCCAGACGACUAUGACUUCGAUGAUUUUGACAACAAGGAUGGGGAGGAGGGGGAGAGCGACGACGACGACGACGACGACGAAAAUGAGGAAGGGGAAGAGGACGGUGAAGAGGAAGUCGAAGGAGAGGAGGGAGAGGACGACGAAGAAGCAGGAGACGAAGAUGAAGAUAGUGGAGGUAGCGAGCAAGGGGAAGAAGACGAGGACGACGUCGUCGCAUUCAAUAUGCCCACAGUCCUCUGGCCCAUUGUCGAUCAGGUCGAUAUCUACCUCCGCGAUGCUCCCCUUCUGGCCAACGGCAUCGUACUGACCGACCUUCCCGGACUGGGCGACGCCAACGAAGACCGCGCGAACAUUGCCAAGGCCUGCUUCGACAAGCUCGACAUCACCAUGGUCGUCACCCCAGCCAUCCGUGCCAGCGACGAAUCCUGCGCCGUCAAUCUGCUGUCGGACAGCGAGACCCUGCACUUGCGGCUCAGCAACCGUCUGGGAAAGCGAAAAUUCUGCGUCGUCACCUCCAAGACCGACGACUUGGACUGGGAGAAGUACAUCAAGUCGACGGUGCGGCCACAACCCGGCAGCGUGUUGGCGCACCACGCAUAUGUCUAUAGCAUGCUCGAGGCGCAGCUGGAAAAAGUUGCCGAGCAGCUGCAAAAGGUCGACGACGCCAUCGUAGAAAUGAACAACGACCUCCAGCUGGAGGAGCACAGCAUCGGUGCGGACGCCAGCCAGAAGGUGAGGGCCUUGAACCUUGAAAUUGUCAGCACCAAAGCGUUUCUGCCGCCACUGCACCAGCGGCAGCGGGAGCUGGAGGCAUGGCUGACGCACUACACCGGGCUGCUGGCGUUCCGUGCAACCGAGUGGCGCAGCAGGAAGAUUCGCCGCAGCAUCCAAGAGACGUUCCGGCGCAAGACGGUCGGGGCCCAAGCCAAAGCCAACGCAGGCGCCAAAGGCAAAGGGAAGGCGAAGGACAAGACGGCCGGUGACGGCAACCAGGAACAAGCAUCGUCGGUUGCCCCAGUCGAAGCACCCGUCGUUCCAGCCGCUAGCGACGAACCCAGAGAGCCAGAACCCAUCGAAGUGCUGCCGGUCAGCGCUGGGGCGUACUGGAAGAUCUGCAAGCACAAAAGACACGGCAGCAGCCGGGGCGGCAGCUCCAAGUUCGAGGAGGGAUUCCCAAACGUCGUCUAUACAGGCGUGCCGGCCGUGCGAGCGUGGAUCCGGGCGGCGACAAUACCGAUGCGCCAAAAACAUGCCACGACGCUGCUCAAACGGCUCACUGUUCUUUUGAACCAGCUGAAGGCAGGCUUCGGCGUGGUAUCGGAAACGGAAUCAGCACCAGCACCAGUCCUGACAUCCCCCCCUUCGCCGUCCGCAGGUCCAAAUACAAAUGAAGGACAAGGGCCAGAGCUCGUCACACCCACAAGUGGUCAGGCGGCCCACGUAGUCGACAAUCCAGGAGAAGCGGUCCGCGAGAUUCUUGCCAAAUUCCAGGAGGUCCUAGGUAGGAACCUCGACAACUGUACCAAGAAACUCGAGGUGCAAGUCAGUACGUGCAAUCCCAUGAUUGAAGCGGCGUUCAAUCAGCCAGCGGUAUUGCCAGCGGCCACAAGAGCGGGAUCGGGGGGGGCCGACGAAGAAGCUGAUCCGGGUGAGGGUGGGACGGUCAGCAAGGCGAAAAGACCCACCUUCAGUGCCCCUUGUCGCCGAGCCGUCAUGGAGGGCGUCAAGAGCUGGCAAUUCCGGACCAUCAUGAAGAAUGGCCUGCCAAAAGGAGCAACGGUCCGCAACGCAAACAAUGGAAAAAACAAACACAAGCCCGACAUGUACGCCACGACAAUGCUCAAGGACGUCAACGGGAAAAGCGUGCGCAUGCCCUGGGCCACGCAUGCCGCCAUCAUCCGCCGCCAGGGCGGGCCCUACCUGAGCGCGGGAAAACAUCCGGGGGCGUACAUGUGGAUGCGCGGCAUGACCGACCUGGUGUUGGCCGAUGUCGUGGGCCAGUGGGAAGCGAGCCUGCAAGAGCGCCUGCCGCGCGAGACAGAGACGGCGCGGCGUCUGCUCCUGGACGCGUGGAGCCGCGCACUGGCCCGUCUCCGCGUGCGCCUCCCGCCCUUCUUUGCAGGAAGCGAGGCCGAGGCCAACCUGCGGCAGCACCUACUCGCCAUCUUUGCCAUCCGGGACUGUGCUGUCGAUGCCGCCCAGACCGCCAUGGAACACGUUGCUGAGCAGGGCAAGGGCGUGGCCAUUCUCGUGGAAGGCAUCCUGGCCAAAGGCUGGAAGACCACGUUCAAAACGGCGUCCGACCUGUCGGGCAAGGGUGUCUUCAACGCGCGCCAGGCCAUGAUGGAGCAAUUCGCCAAGAAGAACACGACAAAUCUCGUCAAGAAGACAAUGCAGGCCAUGGACAUGCAGUACCGCGAGAAUAUCGGCGUGUUCAAGGAAAAGGUGUCGGAAAUUUGUGAAGAGAGCCUCGUACAGAUCCAGCAGGAGGUCGUGGCCAUGUUGCGUCGGGUCGCCGGCACAAAUGCUGACCUUGGCUUUCGGCCGCGCCUCGAUGAACGCGCCCGCCGCAUUCAGGGCAUCAUUCUCGACUGGGAAGGCGACUGGAAGACGCCGGAUGCAUGUGCGCAGAUCGAUGUCGAUGUCGAUGUCGAUGUGGACAGCGGCGGAGGGAGCAUCGGCUGCAGCGACGAGGCGUCUUCGGCCAUGCCCACAGACUAUCCUCCAGGGCCCCUUGAUCCAUCGCUCGAAGAUCUACUGCCCGACAUAACGGCCAACGUCGAUGACGACGGCGGCGACUGUGGUGACGAGGCCCUCAAUGCAGACUUGAUGGUGGUUCCGGGCAAUUCCAAUCGCGCCAACAAACGCAAGGCGGCCAACGGUGGCGGCAAGACCAAGGCGCCGGCGAAGAAGCGAAAGACGGCAGCAGCACCAAAGAAAGCAGCGGGCAAGGCUGCGGGCAAGGCUGCGAGUGGAAAGACGGCUGCAAACAAGGCUGGAGGAUCCAGAGGUGGGAGGGGUGGAAAGGGGGCUGCAAGAGGAGGCAGAGGGGGCAAAGGGGACACAAGAGGAGGAAGGGGAAGAGGAAGAGGGAAGAGCUAA